AUGUUGAAGCUUCAUUUCUGCCUAUUCCUGACGCUGAUUGCCUUAGGCAACUCUUUACUCAUCCCAACGACACUACCCCCGAUUAGGCCCGUUCAAGCAGGAGUGCCGCCAGUUUUGUGCUCAAAGAUCUGCGUCACGCCAGUGACCAUUGUUGGAGAAGGAGGCGAAUGCCAGUGCAAAGAUGCCGCCGGAAUUCAACGCCCAAUAUCCGACAGAGAAGUUCUGCAAACUCGCAUCGCUUGCGGAUCUAUAUGCAGUAGUCAACAUAUACGGUACACUAACUACCCCAGAUUUGGGGAAACUUGCCAGUGUCUGAGGAAAGACCCACCUUAUCCGUUGUAA